UCUUCUUCUUCUUCUUCUUCUUCUUAUCUAAUGGGGUUUUUCAUUUUUCUUUGUUGCUUCUUCUCUGAGUUGCACCCAAACUAGUUCAAACUGGGCUUCCUCCGUUCAUGGUUUUUGAUGACUUCUGUGUAUUUUUUUUUUACUGACGCUGCUAAUAGUCAGUGUACUUCAUCUAUACAUUGAUGCCACUGAUCAACUCAUCCACUUCCACCUCUGAAAACCACCUUUCUGUAAUGGGUUUUGCCGCACAACUCUUGCACUGGGAUGCCCAUCUUGGAUUUCUGCUUCAUGGGUGUUAGGUUUCUCCUCAAGAUUUUCAUCUAUUUUGAAGUGGGCUCUGGGUGUUCUCCAAUGGUGGAGCUUCAGUCUUGUGCUACCCUGGUCAAUGCUUCUGCCUUAUGUGCCAUAGAGCAAGAAGUGCAAGGAGAUGGUGUCAAUGCUAUUGCAGAGAUUUCAGCAGAGUUGCAAAGGGAAAGGCAGAAGAAUGCGGAGCUCAUGGAGAGAAUAUCAAUGCUUGAGGCUCAAAUACAGGAGAGAGAUGGACAUGGUAAUUUUUCCAAUGCGAUGGAAAGAAGCUUCAAGAAGUUCAAGAGGCAAAGGAUAGAACCAGGUAGUGAUACUACUGACGAGGGAAAAAUCAUCAAAAGUAUUGAAAUGGCCUAUCAGAUGAACCAUGACACUGAAUGCAUGCCCUUAAAAGAUACAAAUCCAGAAGAUCGUGUAGUCAACUGGAUGAGCAUGGAUGAGACCCAGUUUCUGAAUUUUGAAAAAUCCAAAGAUGGCGACUCUGCUGCUGAUUGUGAUGAUACAGAUGAUAGUGAGGAUGAAGAUGAUUACUAUGAAGAGGAUGAUAUUGACAUUGACCAUAAGUAUGGGGAAUAUGACAACACUUCUAAAGCAUCUAAUCAACCGAAAAAACAUCUUCAUGAAAGAGGUAUUGAUGAAGGCAUACGCAUAUCAUGCUUGGGAAGUUCCUAUGGCAGUCAAGGGGAACUAACAUUUGGAGGUGCAAGCCAAGAAACAAAUGAAGAUAGAAAGAAAGGUUAUUUACUACCUGACAACAAACACAUCAGCAACAGAAGGGAGCAGAGAAAAAGUGAUAGGAAAGAAACCAAAAAAGUUGGAGGAUGCAACACAUCAUCAAAAGCUUUUACAUUUGAGCAGGAGGUUUUCCAUAAAGUAUCUGGAAGCAUACCAUUGCAUAAAAAAACCCCAAAGUUGGCUUUCUGUCCAAAAGAGGUCAAGAGGAUAAUCGAGUCAGAAGCCCUUAUGUUGAAAAAUGCUCAGUCCCACACCAUAAGAAAAAUUAUAGUUUUUGCAUCUCUUGGUAUAAGACAUGGGUGUGAAGAUAUGUAUGAAUUAGACUUCAACCAUUUCAUCAUUCUAAGGAAGGGAGAGCCGUAUGUUUCUCCAAAGAAUCCAGGGGAGCAUGUCUUGUAUGAUAAUCCUGGUGUAAGGAGGAAGGUCUUCUAUCCAAAUCAACAGAACCCAAUAUUAUGUCCUGUUAAAAUACUUGAAGAGGAGAAGGCGAUGCGUCCAUCUGAUGCUAGCUGCCCAUCCUGCAUGUUUCUGUGCAUCAAGUAUGGUGGAAGGACAAGAAACCUUCCUCAAAAUGAGUAUGUCAGGCAGAGGAUGGGAAGAAACAAGCUGAAGUCAUUUGGGCCAGUUAUGUGUCAAAUGGCGAUGCUUGUUCACAUUCGCAGUGGAAGCUUCUUCUUCAAGGCCUUGGGUAUCACACUUCUUUUCAUGGCUGGUUUUCCAGAUGACUUGGUUCAAAGGGAAACCAAAUACCGGAACUUGGACCUGCUUCAAAAAUAUUACAGGACAGAUGAGGACGCAGAAGGAGAGGAGUUAUUUCUUUCACAUCCAGUGACUUGUGAUACUGUGAGUCCUGAUUCUCAGCAGUCAACUGGUAAGGUGAUUCCAGCAAAAUCAAAGGGCAAGAAACAAACAAAUUCAACUAGUAAGCCCCACAGUUUGCAGAAGCCCUCAAUUCUGCAACCUGCUCCUUCAACCUCAGCACCAGUGACACAAUUUGGGCUAAUGGGGUAUACCUCUAUUCAUACUCAGGCAAUUGCAUCAUUCCAGUCUAUGACAUCCCACGCUCCUGCAGAUGCCCUGCAGAUAUCAAAUCCCGUGGUUUCCAGUUCCGGUCCUGAUGUCUCAUUCCAUAAUCAAACACCGUAUCCAAUGUUUCCACCACAGCCAGCAAAUGCUUUCAUGCCUAUGAUGUACUGGCCUCCCCCUAAUACCUUCCCUCCUUGCCCUUACCCAACUUCAUAUGGCUAUCAAUCGUUUCCUUCUACUGGGAACUACAUGUCCGUUCAUCCACAGCCUUAUUACAGCCAACCCUCCUGCAAUCCUUUCAUCCCAAAAAUGGUUGAAGACACUAGGAAGAAUGAUGUGGCCUCAGAGGAAGCAGAUAGUGACUCUGAUAGCAGUUCAAGUACUGAACCAAAACAGACCUUAGCAAGCUGCAAGUAAUGAACUGCCUGCUGUAUAGAGAUUCCAUGCAAGCAGAUGGUGAGAGACUAUGCAUUUGGGCCUCUUUUAACAUAUUGGGUGUGUGAGUCAUCAGCCUUCAUCUAUGAACUUCUGCACAUCAGUUCAUAGUGGAGAUAUGGUCCUCCAAGCUUUUGAGUAGUUUUUUCAUUGCUUCUGUAGAGCAUAUUUACAUGAAAACACUCUCAUCUUGUGAAAUAUUAAAUGAUCAUGUUCUUUUA